AUGUCCAGACAAUCGCUGACGUUCCAAGAGCUGCUUCAAGGCGGUAUUGACACCGCCACGCAUGUCAUUAAACAGGAGACAAGAAGCGUAUACGCGUCCUAUUUCAAGAAAUUCUGCGAGUUCUGUAUCUCCAAUGAGUAUCCUGAUCCAGCUGUAACGCGUCACCACAAGCUUCCGUCGCUGUUGGUAGCGUUUAUGGAGAGUGUGUCUGCAUCUAGUGCCGUGUCCAACCAAACUGCGGAGAAGAUCAGAGCUGCAGUGGCAAACUUUUACGGCAGUUAUGAGCGCAGAGACGCCGCAGGACCGGACAAGUGGAUGGUAAUGACGGACGACAGAGGGGGCAAGACAGCCUCGUUCAUGCGAGGACUCAAGAAGCGAAAGAACAAGGAAUUUACGCAACGCCAAGCUACUCCUAUUUGUCUGGAUAUGCUGCGUGUGCUUCAUUGUCACUUAGCGCGCACAGCAGGAUUCACCGAGGCAAGUCGUUUGUGGUUUCUUGCUGUAUCUGCUUUCGCUUUCUAUGGAAUGUGUCGAAUUAAUGAGGUACUGAGUUUACAGUGGAAGAACCUCACGCUGAACCUGGCACGUCCCAGUACCUCUGACCCAACUACGUCAAUUAGCUAUGGUGUCUACAAACUGGAAGGGAUAAAGACGGAGGUAGCUGAAGGCCGCUGCUACAAUCUUCAUCGUUUAGGUGAAAGUGAGAGUCCAAUGGAUGUUCUAGAUCACUUGAAGAAAUGGAUUGAGUACGUUGAUUCGAAGACAGACCACAAGUGGAGCGAUAAUGACUACGUUUUCCCAGCUUUGUCUAAAAUUGCGAAGAGUGUUAUCAAGACGGAUGGAUCGCUUACAGGGUGCGAAAAAGCGCGUGUGGAAUGGGGCAAGAAGAUGUCUGAGCAGUCAUUCAUCACGCUACUGAAUUGCGUCGUUCGCGAUCUCAAUCGCAAUGGGACAUCUGUGCCCGGGUACAUCCGCCGACAAUGGCGCGACAUUUGGUUUACUUCACACACGUUUCGACGCGCAGGCGCUCAAUACCGAUUCAUGUUUGCACCUCCUGAGCGGAGAUGGUCGCUACGAAUGGUGAAAUGGUGGGCGGGGUGGACUCCAAACGAGUCUGCAGAGACGCUUCAACUGAUGAAGACACACAACUGGCAGACUGCUCGGCACCAGAUCGAGGAGCGCAUAUAG